AUGAAGCCCGCACCUCUUCGACUCUCUCCCAAGAGCAAAGAAACAGACGAAGCACCAGGUGUUUCACAACAACAACCAGGUGCAAGCUUCAUCGAGAACGCAACACCUACCGAUGAAUCCACUACGACUGAACAAUUCAACGACAAAUUGCCUAGACAUCCAACACAGCUGAAAACCCCGCUCUUGGCUGCUAUCGUAUCAAAGUUCGAGAUACUUGACAUAAUGACUGAUCUCGAGACACAAACUACUGCCAGCCAUGGUGCGUCGAGCGUAGAAGUGCCUCGUUCGCCAGCCGAGAACCGCGCUGUCCGUAAGGAGAUAGGUUUCUCGGUCAAAUCUGCUCCUGCAAAGAACCCUCCACCUGGGCCAGGCUAUGAAGAAGUGGGGAAGUUACAGUCAAUCCCAAGCCCGAGCCAGAUCUCACCUCGUCGGAGUUCGUCAUGCGAGCCCCAUAACAGCCUACAGACUGGAAUUCGAGCAGCUGCAGAACAAACAACCUACACUUUUGAUCCAUUUACUGGAGAGAGGCGGCCUAACAAAGCUGGAAGGUCAGCUGAUGGAAGACAGAGAAGUCUUGUAGCUGAAAGACGACAACUUUUUGAAGCUCCGAUAGGCGGCGUCAGAACAAACUUACCGCUGCCAACUUUCGGCAACUACGGUAUCACGCCACAGACACAGACACCUUGCUGUACACUUCCCCGGACUAAGACCUGGAAACUGAGGUCGAACGAUAUCGAAGCUCCUGAAGAUAGCCCUCAAGAGGACACAGAGACAGAGGGAAGCUCUUCGGGCUUUGGCCCCGAGCCAUGGAUGCCCUCCAUUCACGGGAUGCUUCGACCUCAAACCUGGAGCAUGGAAUUGCCAAAGCACCAGACCGGCCAACGGAUCAGGUCGUCGGUCCCGCAAUCAGAAUACUACGAAUCCAAAGAGAAGCUACAAACAGAACACGCAACUUCCAUGACGGGGUUACUGGAGUCUUCCGGAAAUGCUGCUAUCGUAACAGCGCAAAGCAAAGUGGCGAGUCUGAGAACGCUGUUUGAUGAAAGCGCCAACGAUACUGGUCCAAAAAGCGGCUCGCGACUGAGGCGCAGUCACACUGGGUCAGCAAAUAGGUGGACUGCUAACGGCAACUCACAGAUGGCCUUUCAGCCUGGCCACGGACAACAGUUGCAAUAUGAAGUAUCCACGAAUGGUGCUAUACGUUGUUCCUUCCAAUCAACGGUGGGCGCCCGUAUAUCUAAAGGAUCAACUUCUUCUUCUUCUUUGAAGGAUCGAAUUAAUACUCUGGAAGCCAUCUGCCGGAUGGAUGCGGAGACGAGGCCCUCAACCAAUAAAACGAUCCUGGUGCCAACAUCGAGAAUCGCUGGGCCUGAGCGCGAGGCAGACAAUUUGAAAACCCACUCCGAGAAUCGAUUCGAAAGCCUGGGGUUCAAGCGUGGUCGCGAAGUCUGGCGGAAGAUUUCCGCAUCAUGGGAGAAAGGCAGGCUAGAAGAGGGCAAGAGAGAUGAAAUUGACCACACAAAGCGCAAUGUGACCAAGUCACCAGAGCCCCCUACCUGGCAAGGGUCCUACCUGACUAUUGCUCGAUCAGAUGACAAACAGCUGGCCAACUAUUCGCCAGAGAAGCCCAAAACCCGACACCCAGCUGCGUCUGCGUCUGCAUCGUCGAGAGACAGGCCCUCCCGAAAGAGCACGUCGGCCAUUCCCCGGGAGUGUCUGAGCACCGGUCAUAGUCUUGACGGCUGUUUAUCAGAACAAAAGAGAGCCCUGCCGCUCAGUACCACUGGUCCAGUCGUCACUUCUACUUGGUGGCAACUUGGAUCAUUAUCCUCGUACGCACCUUGGAGGACGAGGUGGGAUGCUCUGUCAGGAGAUGCUCAUGGGACUAGCUGGGCUCGAUGGCGCGCACCACGAGACAGAAGAAUUGUGGCGACCGGUGCCGAAUGUCGAAUGUACCAUUCUCGGCCAAUGUCUACUGUACAGCUGAGUAAAAUGCGCAAAGCUGCCAAUCGGCAAAGUGAAACAAGCAUCAGUAAUGGUAACUGA